GGGGCGCGCGGGGCCCCGGAGGAGCAGGGCGCGGAGGACGCCGAGGCCGUGGACGCGGAGGCCGCGGAGGACACGGCUCUGCCAGUACUGCCAGUGAAAGAUGUAAAAGAAAAACCUGAACAACAGAUCGGAACAAAAGAGACUGACAAAUUACCCAACAAUAUCAAACCUCGACAGCAACCCAGUGCCUUAUUUGCUAGAGGAAAUAGGAAAGCCGUCAAAAGUCCUCAAAGAUCAUCAAGUAAAAUAAAAGAAAAUAAGCAUCCAUUUGCUCUUUAUGGGUGGGGAGAAAAACAGACAGAUACAGGAAGCCAGAAAACACACAAUGUCUGUGCUUCUGCCCCAGUGCAUGAGAUUCAUGAAUCAGCAUUACGAGCCAAGAACAGAAGACAGGUGGAAAAAAGGAAACUGGUAGCUCAGAGGCAACGUGCUCACUCUGUGGAUGUGGAGAAAAACAGAAAGAUAAAGCCUUCCUCCUCAGAGAAUCCAUGGAUGACAGAAUAUAUGAGAUGCUAUUCGGCAAGAGCUUAAAGGAAGAAACAGUUGCUUGGACAGCCUCUUUUAAAAAGCAUAAAUGAAAGAAAGAAAAAACAAAAAACAAAAACUAUCAAAAGAAACCAGACACAGGUUUCAGAAACCAACUGAUUAUGCAAGGUUUUUCCUAGGGAGUUUCUAAAAGAUUGUUCUAUUUUGAUGAAUCCUGGUCGCCUACCUCAGCAGUAGGGUGACAGUUGAAGCCAUAGACAUUUGGUUAUUUAUGAAGAUAAUUCCCUAAUCUUUGAUAUUCUUAUAAGGGUUUUGUUUUAAAGCAUCUUAAUCUUUUAAGAUACUGACACCAAAUGCCUUUAAAUGGCUAUAGAUGCUUAACAUUCAGUUUUCUUUUCAUAAGUUUAGGCAGAGCCUAUUUUCAUCCUUUUCUGAAUAACUUUUCAGAUUCCAUAGUGAGGAAGAUCAUUCCAACUUGCAGCGUAAGACUCGUUUUCUGUAUGUGUGGUUUUCUUUGUGAAAGAAUAUCAUCAAAAGUGAGUUUCAACAUUAAUAUUGAUUCUGUGUAUAAUGAAACUAGAACUUUGGUAGUUCCUGAAAGAUUAAACUUAUUGUGUUUUGGUUCAGCACCACUUCAUGUAGCCUGUGAUAUUUAAGAAUUGUCUGGGCUGGGUGAAGGUCAUCUUUUUAAAUGACCAUCUAGGCACUUAUUUAAUAGUGUAAUAGUUCAAAUGCAUUCCAAUAAAUGAAGUGCCAGUGCAUUGUGUUUAGAGUAGUACUGAAGUUUCUUUUGAGUCAAAGACUGACAGUUUUUUUAUUGUGAGUUUUUUUAAGAACACAUAAUGGGGUAUCAGUCACUUGCUGCAGUCUGGCCUUUUGGCGUGCACACCCACUGUGGACUUUUGCCUCUUCUAUAAUAGUUGGCAAUGACAUUUAGAACUUAAAAUCUGAAAUUCUGUUUAAUAAAAUUGAGAUUGUCUUGCUCACUGGGGAUGUGGGACAAAUAUUAAGAUACCCAUUAGAGAUGUGGCCUGCCCCUAAUUUCUCUACUUUUUCCUUUACAGAACUCACUAAUAACAAAGCCUUGAUGAUGUACAUUAUUCAGACUUUUGGUUUAAAUACAUUACACCUAGAUUCCUAGCCAGUUGAUCUUAUAAUGUGAGAGAAUGGUGGUGGGUGUAUAGGCACAAAUGUAAGUAUGUAAAUGAAGUGUUCAUUCUAUUUAGUGCAUUUGCUUUUCGGUUAGAAAAAUGGUUUUAAGGAACACUGGUUUCCAUCCAGCAGAGACAGGAAUCUCCAGGAGAGAUGAGUGCUAAGUUCUCUGUAAGAGAGAAGGUACUUUGCCUGUGCCAACCUAGCCCUGGAGAUAUGUGAGGGAAAACUUUGUCUUUGACGUGAAGUUGAGCAUUUCCUUGAUAUUUUUACUCUGGGUCUUUGAAGUAUUAUGAAUUUUCAGAACACAAAUAUGUUUUAUUCCACAUAAAAUCUUCACACAGUGUCAUCUUACAACUGUAUUAAGCUUUGAGAACUCAUACUGAAGAACCAUGAGCUUUUUUUUUUUUUU